UUCUCCAUCGACGACACGCUCGUCUACUGGAACUUCUUCCUCGACUUUGGCCCCCUGAACCUGGGGCAGCUCUACCGCUUCUGCACGAUGCUCAACGCGAAGCUCCAGUCGCCGGAGCUGCGGGACAAGGUCAUCUACUACUACUCGAGCAGCCACCCGCACGCGCGGGCGAACGCGGCCUUCCUCAUGGGCGCCUGGCAGGUGCUCUACCUCGGCCGGAGCCCCGAGGACGCGUGGAAGCCGCUCGGCGACUACGGGCCGGACUACCCGCCCUUCCACGACGCGUCGCCCUGCGCCUGCACCUACGACGUCACGGUGCUCCACUGCCUCAAGGGCCUGCACAAGGCGCGCCGCUUCAACUUCUUCAACUUCGACGCGUUCGACCUCGCCGAGUACGAGCACUUCGAGGCCGUCGAGAACGGCGACCUGAACUGGAUCGUCGAGGGCAAGUUCUUCGCCUUCGCCGGCCCCCACGACCGGAACCGGAGCUCGAACCUCGACGGCUACCAGACGCUCGCGCCCGAGGACUACGGGGCGUACUUCCAGCGGAAGAACGUCGGGCUCAUCGUGCGCCUCAACAAGCCCUACUACAACAAGAGCAAGUUCAUCCAGAUGGGCGCGGACCACAUCGACCUCUACUACCUCGACGGCUCGAACCCGCCCAUGCGCAUCCUGAAGAAGUUCCUCGCCGUCGCCGAGCAGGCGACGGGCGCGAUCGGCGUCCACUGCAAGGCGGGCCUGGGCCGCACGGGCACGUGCAUCGGCUGCUACUGCAUGAAGCACUACAAGUUCACGGCGGCGGAGAUCAUCGGCUGGAUGCGCGUCUGCCGCCCGGGCUCCGUCAUCGGCCCGCAGCAGCACUUCAUGCAGGAGAUGGAGCAGACGCUCUGGCAGGAGGGGGACCUCUACCGC